UCUUUGUGAUUUAGUGUAUGCCGUCGUGUCUUAGCCAAAUAGGCGAAUUAAAAAUAAAACGACUUUGAUAUUACUUUAAACUUAUCACUACUUGCUAUUACAAGUUGUAAUUUAAAGUAAAUAACAUUUAAUGUUCAUAUGAUUCAAAAAGCAUAUAUUGCUGUGAAAGUAAUAACAAACUUUUUUAACGUAUUCUAAAACUGAAAGUGAAAGUAGCACCAAGUAGACAUUACCCCGAUGAACGCGUCAUUUUGUGUUCGUACAGAUAUCCACCUGCAGCAUCAUGUCUACAAAGUGCUUCUAUGGACCCACCAACAAGUUCCUUGUCUCGACUCCGAUUGGGGACGUGGAAUUAGAGUGUUGUCCUAAGGGGAUCCAUUCGUUGUGCUUAGUCGAGGGAGUGAAUGAUACGAACUUCAAUCCUAAACCAGGUAAAAGUGUAGGCCUACUGUCCCAGACUUACAAGGACAAUGGGUACACAUAUAAGCCGGCGGUAGACUGUGUCAGAUGGCUUGAGGCGUAUUUCAGCCAUCCUGAGAAGAGACUGGUGGCUACACCGAGUAUUUGUCAACACAUCGGUAGGGAAGGGUCUUUCACUUACAAAGUGUGGUUCACACUGCUAAAAGAGGUUCAGAUUGGCCAAACUAUAUCCUACGGUGGGCUGGCCAGACUAUGCGGGAACGUGAAGGCAUGCAGAGCAGUGGGCCAGGCUAUGAGGAACAAUCCGGUUGGUUUGAUCAUUCCAUGUCACAGGGUCAUACAGGAAAACGGCCAGCUUGGAAAUUAUUCCCAUGGGACAAGGAACAAAGUGAAACAAUGGCUGUUGGAACACGAAGGGUCGUGCAAGUGAUGACCUUCUUUAGCCGAUAGUACAUACUCGUGUGGAGGAUGUGUUGCGCCUAUACUACUGUAUCAAAUGCCUUUAGAAACCGUCGUGAAAAUACUAAAGAAGUCGAAAUGUGGUCAUUAAGGGUCUUGAAAAGGAUGGGCUUCUUUUUAAUAUAAUACAGGAGCAGUGCAUGUGUUAUAUGUUCAGUCUUUAUUAAAGGCAUGCAAAACGUGGCCGUGUUUUGACUACCGGUAAUAACAGACGCCAUUAUGUGUUCUUUUAAUAGUACAUCGAACGCCUAGUGUGAAGAUAAGUGUGUUCAGUAUGUCCUGUUGCUACAACAUUUUCAUUGUAUAUGGGUAUUCAGCUGUUUUGUAUCAAGUAGAUAACAGACGUUUGUGAUAUAUAAGAUCAAUGCUUUACUCUUUUUGUUGCAAAAAAUAACUUUACACAGACGUAUUGCGCAAAACAGAAGGAUUUUAAUACGUUGAACAAAGUUAUCCCUCCCGCAUAAAAAUUGAUUUGUUUGUGUGAAUAUUAAAUUUGUUCGGUCAU